AUGGACGACUCCGACAGACCGCUCAUCGCCAGUCUAGGAAGCUCUUUUGCUGCUGGUCCUGACAUUCCUCCUCAAAUUGAGCCCUUUGGCGCGUUGAGAUCAGGCCAGAAUUAUCCAAACCUUCUCGCAAUCCACCUAGACGCCAUUUUGACGGACCGGACUGUAUCCGGUGCAACAUUGCUUAAUAUAACUGUCGAAGAACAGCAUGCCUUUCCCGAUAUAUUCCCGCCGCAACUCGAAGGAUUACCCGAUUACACCGAUAUCGUCACCAUAACCGCUGGAGGGAAUGACAUCAACUACAUCGGCGGCAUAAUCUCAGAUGUCUGCGGCACAGAGUCCCCGUCGACGCCCCUAUCGCCCACUCAAUUGGAAGAGCGACUUGGUGAAGUCCUAGAUGAGAUCCACAAGCGUGCCCCGCGUGCCCAUGUCUUUCUUGUCGAGUAUCUUGCUGUUCUCGGUCCCGAUACCGAACCAAUGGUAGACGUUCCAUUGACCCAGGAGAGAAUUGAUUAUCACCGCAACGUUGCAUCCAUUCUGCAAAAUGCCUAUGUCGUUGCAGAGAAAAGCAGAUCUGAUUGGUGUGAAAGAGUUCCAAUUCACGAGCUUAGCCAAGGACAUGCUAUCGGUAGCAAGGAGCCUUGGGUGGGAUCAUUAGACAGCGGUCCGCUUCUUCAUCCGAAUCUGGCCGGGAUGAAAGUGAUAGCGGACAUCUUAAUCGAAAAAGCUGAGAAGCUCCUUUCGUCCAAAGCAUCGUCGUGA